UAUGUAAUGAGUCUUUCUAGACUCAAAUGGAAGUCGUCUACUAUGAGACUGGUAAUCCUUCACUUAUUCAUAAUCCCAUCCCAUUGUCAGACGCCCAACUCCCCCUCGCUUCCAGUCCGGAUCACCUCACCCUCACCAUGGCAGUCUUUCCCACUCUCUCAGGCGGAUCUGGGCCUUCUCUUCUCCAACUCCAGCCCCUUCUCUUCCACCCAAUCCCUGUUUCUCAUGCCUCCAUCAGGAACAGCCUCCAAACCUCUUCUCCGUGCUACAUUUGGUUCUUACACCAUAACACAGGUGAUGACUGAAGACAUUCCUCCUCUGACUCCAUCUCUCACUGCAUCGCUCCUUUCUAAAACCAUUGUCAAAGAGACUGAGGGUGAAAGAGGAGAGCGGUUUGAGGUGCGAGUGCUGUUUCAUAUGAGGGGUGAUGUUAACAGCGGAACCUGCGUUACUCUACAUGCUUUCAAACAGACCGAAGAACAGAAAGCUUCCUGCAUCACCCAGCCACCUUUUGGGUUGUGUGUGGUCACUCUGACACUUCCAAACGACUGGUUUGAGCCUAAUCAGUACAUCAAGGCAAACCUGGACCAGAUUUCCAAGCAACGUCACCUGAGCAGAAACCGUUCUCGUUCCCGAAAACGUGGGAAAAGACAUCCAUCCGUGCCAGGAGGACUCGGGGCCCAGUCUGAUCCAAUUCAGCUCUACUACUCUUCCUUUGUGUCCAGUCCUAAAGGCGGACCCCCUAGGUGUGCGGAGGAAGUAUUACAGCACUCAGACAGGAAGAUGUACUUCAUUAGUCCUGUGGGACUUGAUCAAGAGAUCAACAAAACCAAGCAAAGCGCUGCAUGUUUAGAUAGACAGGCGGAAGAUAAAUUUUGGUUGGAUUCCAAUGUGCUAAUUGUCUACAGCAAAGGGCCUGUACGUGCUGGGCAACCAAUCAGAGUGUCAGUAAACUUGAGGGCAAAUUUUAGUGGGGAGUCACUGACCAUUAGACUGAAAAUGAAAAAAAGGUUGUUGUCUUUGGAGGUCCAUCCCACCACAAACUCUGACCUUUGGAUGGUAAAUGUAGAGAGGACAUCGGGUUCCAAACUUGAUGUUAUUUCCAUCACAAGCCAAAGCACUGGUCCUCAUCCAGACAGCACUGGCACAUCUGCUCUAAGCCAGAUCUCCUGUCUUUCAUUUGAAGCUUUACACAGAAACUUCGGCGUAGCAAUGACUGUCACUGCUAGCUGGUGGGUGGAGUACUCAACACCCAAGUUUGCAGUUUCACCACACGGGGCAGUCACGAGCUUUUUCUCCUUUAUAGACAGAGAAGUGAUGGGAAUUGCCCCAAUCACAGAGAGCAACACAAUUAUCAACACGGCCAUCUUGACAAGUCAGCCUGUGUCACUUCCUGUCAUCGUCCUUGCAGUGGGUCAAGAUGGCAAAGUAUCAGAUGUGACCACAGCGGUGAAGUGUCAUUCAGCCAAUGAAGAUAUCGUCAAGGUUUCUCAUGAUUGCUCUGUGCUUUUUGUGGAUGGGAGUGAAUCCGGAAGGGGCAGCAUCUGUGUGGAGCUGGAGUUUUCUUUGGGGACAUUCAGUGGCUCUUUGUGCUUGGCCGUGUGGACUCCAGUAGUUCCACUGCGUGUGUCUCUCUCUGACUCUGUCCUGAGUCCCAUCAGUGGCUGGAAUUACUACAGUGAGAGCGGAUGUGAACCAGUUUAUCAGAGGUCCGCUAUACGGAUUUUGGCACAAUUCACCGCCCAUUCAGCCGCUCAAGGAGGCCAACCAACCUACAUGCUCGGAUCACCGGAUUGGUUUGUGGAUGUGACAGAACUUGUCCAAGACUGGCUGAGGAUAGAAAACCCAUAUAUUGCAGCUCUUGAUAAACAAAGAAAUCUAAUAGGCUUGAAGCCUGGAAUCACAUCAUUAUAUGUGAUAUCAAGUCAGUGGGAUGGAGUGCUUGGAAGAACUAAUGUCAUUGUAACCUCUGAACCUGUCACUCCUGGUGACCUCUCUGUUCAGUUGGUGGGAGGGCUUGGCCUGUCAGUUAAUUCCAGCCCAUCUCAUCCGUCUAUUGUCACAGCAACAGUGAAUGCUCACAACACACUGUACAACUAUGGGCAAGAAGCAUCUGUCAGUGUUUGGAUCCAGUUUGAUGACGACACAGCCCUAUUGGUAUCUGCCUUUAGUGGGAUUCCCUUCGCUCUCCGGCUCUCCUCUUUGGCUGAUUCUGUGGUCGCUGUGACACCCGCUCCAUCACAGCGCAUCUUGGCACAAGGUGAUGGCGGAGGGCCUCUUGUGAAAGCCGAGCUCCUGGUUUCCAGCUGUGAACCAGCGUCUAACCAUGUUGAAAGGGAAGAAAAAGGAAGUGAACCAAAAAGAUUGUCUAAAGGCUCUGGCUGGAUAAGGGUGAACCUGAACGCUGACUUUUGGCCAAUGGGAAGCGAGGAAAACAACUUUGAGAUGCACGAUGUGACUGAUAUGCUUGUCGACUCUAAUAAGGAGCUAUAUGAUAACUUUGAAGAUCAGCAAAUUAUGGCCAAUUCUACAAGUGAAUAUGAUGCUGGUAAUGACAUAUUUAAAAGAAAUGAUUUGGAGCAUGCGGUUUUGAUCCCCAACCAUGAAGAGAGCGUUGUGUAUUUAUCUCCUGGGGUGGAAAAAGAGAGGAAGGAGGUUAAAACUGCUGAUAGACAAGUAGAGAUUGGCAUUGGAGCUGUCCUUUCUCUCCUUUGUCUUUCCUCUCUCCUUUUCCUGGUCAACUGCCUGCCAUGUGCACUAAGAGAACAGAGGAACAGAGGAAGUCGAGAGGGAAAUGUAAAAGACACCGUGGAGGAGGAUGAGGAAACUGAAGAACAAGAGGAGAAAGGGGUAGAGGUAAAACAGUGUAGUGAAGUGGUAUUGGGAAAUGAUGACAGAACGGAAAGGAAGUGACUUUCAAAAUAUCUUACACUGCCUAUUACCUUGUACAUAUCCUGAAUAAGUCUUUACAGUCAUAUAGUAUUGCCAUGCUAUGCCAUUUUAGCUGCUGAGAUGUGUGGUAAUGUAAAUUAUAUAUUAUUAAUUUGAUUGUUUGUUAUUAUUGUUGUUUCUGUUUUUUUUUUUCAAAGACAUUAAGAAGAUGCAAUAUAUUGUGUUAAUAUAAUAAUGCAUUAGAGAAAACGUGAAUACACCAAACCUUUUUUUAUGAUCUGAAUAACUUUGUCAAACUUAGGCUGCUUGAAAGGUUUUUAGAUUUUUUUUACUCUGCUCAAAUAUAAAUAAAGGUGAAAAAUAUAUAUUCA